AUGCCCAUCCGACUACCCGUCCCUUCCCCCAUCGAGGACCCCGAAUUCCUAGCCACAACCCACCGUCAUGCACGCCGCGUCAUCGACGGCUUCAUCUCGUUCGCCUUUCAGGGCAACGUGCUGGAGAUCGCUGUGGGUCUGAUCGCAGCCAACAUGUUCACGGGGCUGGUCACGUCCCUGGUGAGCGACCUAUUGUUGCCCAUGCUCUCAAUCCUGCUGCCGCCGUUGGACAAGAACUUGGAAGAAAAGUUUGCGGUGCUGAGACCGGGGCCGAGUCAUAAGGAAGGCAAUCGGUAUAAUACUAUCGCGCAGGCGAGGCAGGAUGGGGCGGUUGUUAUGGCUUAUGGGGUUUUCCUCAACCAACUUAUCAACUUCCUCGGCGUUGGGUUCGCCCUUUACAUCCUCGCAUCUGUUUACCAGCAUUUCACUCGUGACCCAAUCAUCAAGCACAAGACCAAGUGCAAGUACUGCCGGCAGGAGAUCAGUGACAUGGUACCUCGACCAACCCCCAUUUCCUAUCAACUUAUGGACACGCUCUGCUGA